AAUAAAUAAAAAGAAAUCCCAAACACUCUCGCCUCGUCUCCUCUCACACCACACGCCUCGCAUCGCAUCCCCACCUCCGCCGAUCCCGCCGUCUCCGGCCAUCUCCGCCGCCGGCAACCACCACCACCUCCUCCUCUUCCCCUCUCCCCCUUCCGCCCAAUUGGUUGCCCCGACCAAACCCUACGCGCGGAAGGGCUCGCUCGCUCGAUCCGGUGCGGGCAGCGCGCGCGCGGGGCUCGACGCGGGCGGCGACGGGGGGCGGGCUCGAUCCGGCGGAGCAGUGGGCGCUCUCUUCCACGAUGCGUCUACCCUCUUCGCGCGAGCACGACAAGGUUCUUUUUGCGGGGUCAACAAUAAUGAGGAGAAUUUGAGUUGGUCUGGAAUUACUCUGGGAUGUUAUCAUUGGCGAAAAGUAUAGAUCCCUUUUGGUAGCUGAGGAGAGAUCUCAAUUUUUUCAGAGAGUAGAUGUCGUUUCGCAGCAUCGUGCGCGAUGUGAGGGAUGGAUUUGGGAGCCUAUCGAGGAGGGGAUUUGAGGUCAGGAUUCUGGGGCAUCGCAGGGGGAAGUCUCAUGGUGCUGUCCAUGAGUUGCAUGACCCGGUGCCUGUAAUCCAGAGCAGCUGCUGGGCUAGCUUGCCUCCGGAAUUGCUUCGUGAUAUCAUUGAGAGGUUGGAAGAAAGUGAGGCUACAUGGCCUUCUAGGAAGCAUGUGGUUGCUUGUGCGGGUGUCUGCAGAACAUGGAGGGAGAUGUGUAAAGAGAUCGUCAAGAAUCCAGAGUUGUGUGGGAAGAUCACCUUCCCUAUUUCUCUGAGGCAGCCUGGGCCACGAGAUGGAACUAUGCAGUGUUUCAUUAGGAGGGAUAAGUCUACGCAGACCUACUAUUUGUACCUCUCUCUUGGCUCUGCUGUGCUUGUUGACAAUGGCAAAUUCCUUCUAUCAGCAAAAAGAAACUGGCAUGCAACAUGUACAGAAUAUGUGAUAUCUAUGAAUGCUAACAAUUUAUCUAGGUCUACCAACACAAACAUUGGAAAAUUGAGGUCAAACUUCCUUGGCACAAAGUUUGUAAUAUAUGAUACCCACACUCCGUACAAUGCAACUAGUGAUUCACAGUCAGGGAAAACAAGCCGAAGAUUCUCCAACAAGGGAACAGCAAAGCAUCCCUGCAGCACAUAUAGCAUAGCAAACAUCUCAUAUGAGCUAAACGUCUUUGGAACUCGGGGUCCUAGGCGGAUGUGCUGUUUAAUGCACUCCAUCCCUGCCUCAUCUCUUGAGGCUGGUGGGACUGUUCCUAGCCAGCCGGAUAGCAUCCUUGCCCAUUCCCUCAAUGAAUCCUCCUUUAGGAGUGUCUCCUUUUCGAAAUCGUCCGUUAUGGACCAUUCCAUGCAUUUCAGCAGUGCUCAGUUCUCUGACAUCUCAAUUGGAGAUGGCCCAAGGAUUGGGGGCCGGGUAUUGAGCGAUGAUGAGGAGUGCAAGGAGACACCUUUGAUUCUCCAAAACAAGGCUCCAAGAUGGCAUGAGCAGCUACAGUGCUGGUGCUUAAACUUCCGGGGCCGGGUAACUGUUGCUUCUGUCAAGAACUUCCAGCUCAUCGCAGCCACGCAGCCUGCUGCGGGAGCCCCAACUCCAUCACAGCCUGUUCCACCACCCCCACCAGAGCAUGAUAAGGUCAUACUGCAAUUCGGGAAGGUUGCCAAGGACAUGUUCACCAUGGAUUACCACUACCCGCUCUCAGCCUUCCAGGCAUUUGCUAUCUCCCUGAGUAGUUUCGACACCAAGCUGGCCUGCGAAUAGAACUUCCAGGCAGGCCAGAAACAUCAUGGAUGCUUCUUAUUUGACGCCCUGAGGGCAUGCCCCUGGAUGGAGCUGACCAUCCCCAAGUUUAGCCUGGGACGCCGUUCUGUUGUAUGUUACUGAUGAUGUGUUAACUCAGAAACACCCAAGCAACAAAAGGCAAAUUGUUAUUUUAGCAUUUAGCUUAUUUAUUCUGAUUUUGCUUUGUAAUUGAAUGUUAUCUUUAUUUCUUUUUGACCCAUAGCUCUCUCUAUAACAGGUAUUCUGUAUGUGCAUCGGAUAAUUUUCGCAGAAUUCAUUUGACUGUUCUCCAGUGAUUUAUUAACUGAGAAAGCUAAUAAUUUGGUGAUUCAAGUCCA